CAUAAAAAACCGAAAUGGAUAUUGAAGCUAUUUCAUUUGUAAAAAUCAUGUUUCUGUUCUUAUUUAAACUAAAUGAUUGUUAUUUGAAGCUACACCGUCACUGUGCAUGUAGGUGUGGUUGCUCGCUGCGCCCCCUGUCGGUGAUGACCGGCACUACCGCCUUCCUCUGUAGAGUCACGUGACUCCAGCGGUAAGAAGCUGCAAACGGCUGCGCGAGCCUCAUCAUCAUCAUCAUCAUCAUCAUCAUCACUACCACAACCUCCGCAACGGCAACGUAGAGAGCCGAGCGCGUGCCAACCGGGUCUUUAACGAUUCAAGGAGCCGGGCGCCAUGGCGGGCCCGCGUUGAAAACGAGACCCAGAUUUAUCCUCUUUGUUCUCCCUCGACGACUCGUAGGCUUUCCGCGCCUCACCGAGGAGGGGCCGCCGAGGAGAAGCUCUCCCUUUCCGAGCGAAGGAGGAGGCAGGAGUAGCAGCAGCAGCAGCGGCGGAGGAGGCGUCGGCAACGGCUGAACCGGGAGGUGUUUUCUACCGCACGAGCCGAAUGGCGGACCGUGAGGCGUCGCCGAUACCGUUAGAGAUCCGAGCCCGGCUGGCGGAGCUGGAGCUGGAGCUGUCAGAGGGGGACAUCACUCAGAAGGGUUAUGAGAAGAAGCGGUCCAAACUGAUCAGGGCAUAUUUUCCACAUGCUGGAGGGAUGGAGGGGCCCCUGUCUCACCGGGCCCCACUCGGCCCUCCGUCUGCUGCCCGUUUCCACCGGCGGCGGACCUCAGGCACCAGAGACGAGCGCUAUCGAUCAGACGUCCACACUGAGGCGGUCCAGGCGGUGCUGGCGCGACAUGUGGAGAGGAAGGUUGCCGUGCCGAUGCCUUCCAAACGACGCUCGCUGGUGGUGCAGACCUCCAUGGACGCAUACACACCUCCAGAGAACCACACGGCCCCCCCGGAUGUGACGGGCUACUCCUCGGACGCGUCCCACCCCCACCCCGAGCGCCACCACAUGUCCAACAUGGGAACCAUCGCCAGGAACACGCAGAAGUACGGCAACGCAGAGCGCAUGGAGACGGGCGAUGGUGUUCCAGUCAGCAGUCGCGUGUCAGCUAAAAUCCAGCAGCUUGUGAACACGCUGAAGCAGCCUCGCAGACCUCCGCUGCGGGAGUUCUUUGUCGAUGACUUUGAUGAACUUCUCGAGGGUUGGUCCAUCUCCUCCUGCGACGCCUUCCUCAACGUCUUUCAGACUAAAGGGCUGAGAGCCGACGUCAUCUGUCCCUGCGCCAGCUCCCCUGAGGCCCUGACCGUGGCCAUCAGGAGUGCUCAGCAUACCUUAACUCUUUCGGGCCCCGUAGACAGCAAAGGGCGGCCUGUGGAGGACAGCAGCCAGCCUCCGGGCCGAGGGGUCCUCUCCAUGCAGGGUCUGACCUACGGGGUGGUGAGGGUGGACACAGAGGAGCGCCUCUCCGUGCUCACCGUGCAGGACGUGGGCACUGUCACACCAGGAGGCCUGGUGUGUGUGGUGAAGCCAGAGGGCCUCCCCCAGCUGUGUCAGACGGAUGAGAUCGGGGAGUUCUGCGUCUGCUCCGUCGCCACCGGCACCUCCUACUACGGCCUCACCGGCAUGACCAAGAACACCUUCGAGGUGUACCCUGUGGGCCCCAGCGGGGGUCUGGUCAGCGACUACGCCUUCGUGCGGACCGGCCUGCUGGGCUUCAUCGGGCCCGGCGGCCUCGUCUUCAUCACGGGGAAGAUGGACGGCCUCAUCAUGGUGAGCGGGCGGAGGCACAACGCCGACGACAUCGUUGCCACGGCGCUGGCGGUCGAGCCGAUGAAGUUCGUGUACAGGGGAAGGAUAGCGGUGUUCUCGGUGACUGUGUUGAGAGACGAGAGGAUCGUGGUGGUGGCGGAGCAGCGGCCUGACUCCACGGAGGAGGACAGCUUCCAGUGGAUGAGCCGCGUGCUGCAGGCCAUCGACAGUAUCCACGGGGUGGGGGUGUUCUGCCUGGCUCUGGUCCCGGCCAACACUCUGCCUAAAACCCCUCUGGGGGGCAUCCACCUGUCAGAGAUCAAGCAGCUGUACCUGGAGGGGGGGCUGCACCCCUGCAACGUCCUGAUGUGCCCCCACACCUGCGUCACCAACCUGCCCAAACCCCGGCAGAAACAGCCAGAGAUCGGCCCUGCCUCUGUGAUGGUGGGGACCCUGGUGUCAGGGAAGAGGAUCGCUCAGGCCAGCGGCAGAGAUUUAGGACAGACUGACGACAACGACCAGUUCCUGUUCCUGUCCGAGGUCCUGCAGUGGAGAGCUCAGACCACACCGGACCACAUCCUCUACACCCUGCUCAGCUCCCGGGGGGCGGUCUCCAGCUCCCUCACCUGUCUGCAGCUCCAUAAGAGGGCGGAGCGCGUGGCGGCGCUGCUGAUGGAGCGAGCCGGUCUGCAGGAAGGAGACCACGUGGCUCUGGUCUACCCCCCAGGCAUCGACCUGGUUGCAGCCUUCUACGGCUGCCUGUACGCCGGCUGUGUUCCCAUCACCGUGCGACCCCCCCACCCUCAGAACAUCUCCACCACCCUGCCCACCGUCAAGAUGAUCGUGGAGGUCAGUCACUCGGCCUGUGUGAUGACCACGGCGGUGAUCUGUAAGCUGCUGCGCUCCAAGGAGGCCACAGCCACCGUGGACAUCCGGAACUGGCCGCCCGUCCUCGACACUGAUGACCUUCCAAAGAAGAAGCCCCCUGCUCUCUAUAAGCCCACCAACCCUGACGGUCUGGCCUAUCUGGACUUCAGCGUGUCGACCACCGGCAUGCUGGCUGGAGUUCAGAUGUCCCAUAAUGCCGUUGGAGCCUUCUGCCGCUCGGUGAAGCUGCAGUGUGAGCUGUACCCAUCCAGAGAAGUGGCCAUCUGUCUGGAUCCGUACUGCGGCCUGGGCUUCGUGCUGUGGUGUCUCUGCAGUGUGUAUUCAGGCCACCAGUCCAUCCUGAUCCCCCCCGUGGAGCUGGAGUCCAACCCGGCGCUGUGGCUGCUGGCCGUCAGCCAGCUGAAGGUGCGAGACACCUUCUGCUCCUACAGCGUCAUGGAGCUCUGCACCAAAGGACUGGGCCUGCAGACCGAUGCGCUCAAGGCUCGGGGUCUGGACCUGUCCCGGGUCAGGGCCUGCGUGGUGGUGGCGGAGGAGAGGCCCAGGAUGUCGCUCACACACUCCUUCUCUAAACUCUUCAAAGACCUCGGCCUCCACCCUCGAUCUGUCAGCACCGCCUUCGGCUGCAGAGUCAACCUGGCCAUCUGCCUGCAGGUAAACAGCUGA